GGGUGUGCGCCGCUCGCUCCGUGUCACUCUCCUGCGGGCUCUGCUCGCUGCUGGCCCGGUCCCUCAUGCCGUUCUCAGUGGGACUCACCCCGGCUCUGCUCGUGGGGUCUAUCCGGUUGCGGGGGGUUGUUCGAGCCGGGGAUCGAGGCUGAGCCCGGUGCCUCAUUCAUUGCCGCCCCUGUGCCCCCCGCCGCGGGGGAGCGCUACACCUGGUCAUGUACCUGCUGGACCCUGCUCCUCCCCCCAUGGAGCGGGGGACCCCCCAGAGGAAGACCGUGUACCGGAUCUCCCUCACCCUGGUCAAGAAGGAGCUGCUGGCUGCGGACUCCCGGCUGGAGAAGUGUCCAGAGGAGGAGGAGGGAGAGGAGCAGGACACCUUCCCCCCGCACCCGGGCCUCAGGAACUUCAGGACCCGCAGCACCGGACAGCUGGAGCUGGGCAGAUUGCGGGUCACCCGGCCGUCUCCAAGGGGCACCCGGACCAGGAGCGGAGAUCCUGCUGCAGAAAGAGCUUGCAGCUCAGAACAUUCCUCCAUCAGCGGUGGUGUGGUGGACAGGGUCCCUCCUGUCUUAGAGAGUCCAGGGAGCCAUGCAGGUGACACAAGGGUCAGCCCUGGUAGCCCCCCAAAUGUUAAGGAGGAGAACACCUGCCAGAACCAGCCGCCAAGUUAUCAAUGUCACCUAAGGUCCCCAGAUAAAGAUGGUGGCACCUCAGGGUCCAUCCUGCAAGGUAAAGGUGGCAUGGUUAGAUCUGGAGCAGAGGGGCCCUGGGAUAAGAGGCACCCCAGCCUUCUAAGGAGAAGCUUUAGCUUCAGACACUGGAAUGGGGAACUGCUGAAAAUAAGGAGUCUGAACAGAGAGAAGCACCACAGCAGCUCCAGCUGCCUAAGCCAACACAAGGGAGAACCCAAUGACCCAAUUUCUGUGUCGUCUUCUGCCACUGAGCCCACCAGCACUGAGAAGAGGAACACUUUGGAUGUUGGCGAGGUGCUCAACAAGACUGACCCUCUCACUGACCUGGAAAGGUGGGAAAGGAGCAAGAGCAAAAACAGGACCCUGGAUAAUAGUGACCUCCACAAACUGUCCGAACAGCUGGAAAUGGACAGGAAGGGCCAGGAAAGAAAGCUGCUUAGGUUCUUUAGUGGCAUAUUCACAAGGAAGGAUGGUUCACCAGCCCCAUUCAUCAGCCCUGGAGGUCGAUCACCUAGAUUUGGCCAUUCUAGGUCCAGGGGUUACUUCAGUAGCUUGAAAAGAUAUGCAGCAGACAUCCAAUCAAGCUCAGAGAGUGUAAAUGGAUCACCCUACAAAGAUGCCUUUGUAAAUAGUCAAGAAUGGACACUAAGUCGAGCCGUGCCGGAACUCAAAGUGGGCAUUGUGGGUAAUCUGGCCAGUGGGAAGUCGGCACUGGUACACCGGUACCUCACUGGCACCUAUGUGCAGGAAGAAUCCCCAGAAGAUAUGGAUGCAGGUGGUAGGUUCAAGAAGGAAAUUGUGGUUGAUGGACAAAGCUACCUUCUCCUCAUCCGAGACGAGGGUGGACCUCCCGAAGCACAAUUUGCCAUGUGGGUGGAUGCAGUUAUCUUUGUCUUUAGCCUGGAGGAUGAGAUCAGCUUCCAGACUGUUUACCACUACUACAGCCGCCUUGCCAACUACCGCAACACCAAUGAAAUUCCUAUGGUGCUGGUGGGCACUCAGGAUGCCAUCAGUUGCAGCAACCCUCGAGUUAUUGAUGAUUCUCGUGCACGGAAACUUUCAAAUGACCUCAAGAGAUGCACUUACUAUGAAACCUGCGCCACCUAUGGCCUAAAUGUGGAACGUGUCUUCCAGGAUGUGGCCCAGAAGAUUGUAGCAACCCGCAAGAAACAGCAGCUGUCCAUUGGUCCGUGCAAGUCUCUGCCAAACUCUCCCAGCCACACGUCUGUCUGUUCAACGCAGGUGUCAGCGGUGCACGUCAGCCAGACUAGCAAUGGUGGGGGCAGCCUAAGUGACUAUUCCUCAUCCGUGCCCUCCACCCCAAGCACGAGCCAGAAGGAACUGAGGAUUGAUGUGCCUCCAACUGCAAGCACCCCUACACCUGUGCGCAAGCAGUCCAAGCGUAGAUCCAACCUCUUUACGUCUCGAAAAGGGAGCGACCCAGACAAAGAUAAGAAAGGUCUAGAGAGCAGAGCAGACAGCAUCGGCAGCGGGCGAGCAAUACCAAUUAAACAGGGCAUGCUACUGAAAAGAAGUGGAAAGUCCCUGAAUAAGGAGUGGAAGAAGAAAUAUGUUACUUUAAGCGAUAAUGGUGUUUUGACCUAUCAUCCCAGUUUACAUGAUUACAUGCAAAAUGUCCAUGGCAAAGAGAUUGACCUCCUUAGGACCACAGUAAAGGUUCCAGGGAAGAGGCCACCACGAGCCACAUCAUCUUGUGCCCCAAUUGCCAGUCCCAAAACCAAUGGCCUGACAAAGGAAGUCAGUGGGCUGCAAAUCUCACCCAACACAGGAAAUGUGACAAGCAGCACAUCUGUCACCCAGAUGGCCAGUGGUCCAAGUGGCAUUAGCCUGGGUUCAUUCAGCAGGAUGGAUGGGAUGCACCAGAGGUCCUACUCUGUGUCCAGUGCCGACCAGUGGAGUGAAGGAGCUGUCAUUGCUAACUCGGCCAUCAGCAGUGAUACUGGUUUGGGGGAUUCCGUGUGUUCCAGUCCAAGCAUCUCUAGCACCACAAGCCCCAAAAUCGACCCACCACCCUCCCCCCAUGCCAACCGCAAGAAGCACCGCCGGAAGAAGAGUACAAGCAACUUCAAAGCUGAUGGUCUGUCCAGUACUGCCGAAGCUAAGCGCAAAGCAUGGAAACUAAACCGUGUUGGCAGUCUGCGAAAUGUUUACAGCGGCAACGCCAACACUGAAGAACAAGAGGAGAAUUUUGAGUUCAUUAUCGUGUCUCUUACUGGCCAAAGCUGGCACUUUGAAGCCACAAGUUACGAAGAAAGAGAUGCAUGGGUACAGGCCAUAGAGAGUCAGAUCCUUGCCAGUCUUCAGUCCUGCGAGAGCAGCAAGAACAAGUCGCGUCUUACCAGCCACAAUGAGGCUCUAGCUCUCCAAUCAAUCCGCAACUUGCCUGGAAACUCGCACUGCGUGGACUGUGAUGCACAAAACCCUGACUGGGCCAGCCUCAACCUGGGAGCCCUAAUGUGCAUCGAAUGCUCCGGCAUCCAUCGUAACCUGGGUACUCAUCUCUCCCGCGUUCGUUCUCUGGAUCUCGAUGAUUGGACGCCCGAGCUCAUUAAAGUCAUGUCAGCUAUUGGCAAUGAGCUGGCAAACAGUGUAUGGGAAGGGAGCAGUCAGGGUCACGUGAAGCCAUGUUCAGAAAGCCCCAGAGAGGAGAAGGAACGUUGGAUCAGGGCAAAGUAUGAGCAGAAGCUUUUCCUGGCACCUCUUCCCUGUCGGGACCUGCCUUUGGGACAGCAGCUGCUGAAGGCCACCGCAGAAGAGGACCUUAGGACAGUCAUCAUGCUCCUUGCUCAAGGCUCCCGGGAGGAGGUGAAUGAGACCUGCGGGGAGGGAGACAGACGCACAUCCCUGCACUUAGCCUGUCGUAAAGGAAAUGUAGUACUGGUGCAGCUUCUCAUAUGGUACGGUGUGGACGUUAUGGCACGGGAUUUCCACGGGAACACAGCGUUGGCCUAUGCUAAGCAGGCGGUUACACCAGAGGUGCGAGAGCUGCUGCUACAAUAUGGCUGCCCUGAUGAACAAUUUGUGCUUAUGGCCACCCCAAACCUCUCCCGGAAAAACAAUCGCAACAACAACAGCAACACAGGUGGUGGAGGCUUGAUGCCCACGUUGAUCUGAAAGACCCAUGCGUCGCAUGCAGACUUUAGCACUGCUUGCCCCCUCACACUGCAGAGGGAGGAGUCAGAUGACAUGGGAGGAGUUAGAGCACCAAGUGUAAAGGGCAGGGAAGAUUUGGGGGAGAAAAAGGAAAUAUCAAACCUUCCUUAGCAUUUUGGAUUGAGGGAGGAAAGCACAUGAAGGGGAGGGGGAGACAGAAAGCUGUCAGUUAUGUGCACAUUUCACCUCUACCCCAGCAGAGCACUUAGGCUUUGCUCUCAUCUGACAAGGACUGCUCCACAUAAAUCACACGCAGGCACUGAGUUUGUCAGGUUUGAGGCUCCAAUGAUGCUAUGUGUCAAAUCACUUGGAGCUAAUCUGUCCUCAGAGAAUGCUGGCUUCAUUACACUUGUAUAGUUGAGUUCCCUCAGCCUGUACCGCUGUUUAAUAGGACAUGAUUACUCAUCAUGUAGAAGGGAGCAUAUUAGCUGAGGAGGAAGCACUCUCCACGCUCCGCUGAUUACAGGGAUGUGAUUGCAAUAUUCUUACAAGAAUCAUAUUAGCAGAGACAUUCUGGGCCCCAUCUUCAGACUUAUUGUCAUAAUCUUGCAACUCGAAAGCGGCCAGUUCCUUUAAACGUUACCCCCACCCCUUAAAAGGAGGGGGUUAAAAUAUAAAAUGUACUAAGAGUGUAUUUUGGAGCAUGGAAUAUUUUUUUUUUCUUUAUUGCAUAUCAGGGCACAUUCUGCAUUGUGAAAUCUACUUAUUAAAAAAAACAAAUUUAAUCCAUUAGUUGCGUGGACAUGUGUAGCGUAUCCACUUCCUGGCACAGAAAGGGUUAAGAUUGUAAAGACUGAUGUCAAAGGAUAGACUCAAUGGGCAGUAUCACUUCUUAGAGUCUUUUCAUUCCAUGUAACACACUUUUUAAAUGUAGGUCAAAAUUGACAAAGCAAUUUUAUUUAUUUUCUCUCUUUUUUUUUUUUAUACAAAAUUUAAAUAGGAGGGAAAAAGUUGUUACAUGGUUGAGUGCUUCAAUUUGCACUGAAAUAAUAAACAGCACUAAUUAAGAAAAGCUGCUGAACUCUGUAAACUGAAGCAUAUUGCAGAGAAACAGCUGUACCCUGGAAUAUCGUAUCGCAGAGGGAUUAGCCGUAAAGUGCUGUGCAUACACACAUUGCCUCUUUGUCUUUUCUAAGAAGAGCAAUGUCUAAUUCAGAACUGUGCUUUCUCUUUUAAUGUAGCCGACAACCCUUUUUAUGAGAUAUUAAGGCAAUUGAACUUAGUUUCCAUGUGGAUUUAGUAUGGACUCUACUGCUGUAGGAGUGUAUUGGGAGUUCACUUACAUGCACACGUACAUGUGUGACUAUGUAAUUGCUCGAUGCAGCUUAUAGAUAAGGUUCAUUAAUUAAGCCUUUGAGCAAAUAAUAAUACUCGGCUUGUUUCUGCAAGGAAGGAGAGUCCUUUACUUUCCGGGUUAAAAAAAAUUUACUUUAUGCACGCAAGAUUCUUUAUAAAAUAGUGCAGUUUCUAUUCCAAUCCAUAUAUUUCUGGUAUAUGCACAGAAUAUUUAGUAUUGGCAUGACUGCACAGAGCAAGGUUAGCGAUACCUUUGCUUGUUUAUUAAAUCUCCCAUUAUUCUUUACAUCAGGAUGAAAUGUCAGUCUUGUAUAUUAACAAUUCAUGUGCACAGUGACUAAACUGGAUCAUUUUAGCAAAUUUAGCACAUGCUGAUCAUUUGAAGAAACCAACGUUGUCUAAAUUAGGACCCAAACACGUGUGUACUUUUCUUAAGGGGGGAUGUCUCUCGGAGCACAGGAAGUGCAACACUUGAUUCACUUUUUGAUUGCCCACCUUUGAUGACACUAGUGUACGGGACCAAGGGUUGGCCUUUUUCUCCGCAAUGCUAAGCCAAACUCACAGUGCAAAGUGGGGCAUAAAGCUCUUACCCAUCUAACAUUUGCAAGGUUUUUUAACUUUAUCUUAUUUUGCCCUUAAUUUAUUUGGAGUUGAUUGAUUUCACAAUGCAGUUUGAGCCUAUUAAAAGCUCCCAAAGAUUUUGUCACCCAUAAAGAAAUACAAAUUGUGGGUCUCUGCGUGAUCUUAUUACUUGGAAGUCACAUGUUGUCGUCUGCAACUAAAAAGCUGUAUAAAGUGGCAGCUCCUAACUGAACUAGAGGUAGAAUUUUAACCAUUUGUCGAACACUAAUUUAAUGAGAUUUGUAUUGUGAAAUUGUUCUUUUUUUUCAUUAUUGAUUCUUAUGGCAAAGUUUAAAUGUUCACUUCAUUUCAAUAUAUUAGGGAUCUGUCAUGACUCCAACAAAGUGGCACAGACUCUUCCCCCCCUGCCAAAUAAGACCCCUGCCAGCAAACUUGGUAAGGGGUGUCUCUGACAGAUGUAUUAAAACUGGACAUUGCAUUGAUCUAAUGCACUACAGAAUUCCCAUCAGCCUCUCACAGCUAAAUGUCAGGGAUACAGAAAAGGGAUACAGGUUCAGGGUUUUUUUGGUUUUUUUUUGUAAAAGAGCCGACGCGUGCGUAUAUGCUAUAAGUACGAAAGCGACCAAUGACUCCUGAUUAGCUGACAUCCUUAUUUAUGGAGUUAAUAUAUCACGUCUUCAUCCACUUUCCGUGCUCUGUAACAGGAAGCUUUGCACAGUCGUAGGAAGAAGCACUAUUAGGGGGACAUGGGCACAUUUUUUUUUAAUUAUAAUUUAUUUUUAUUUGUUUAUAAUGUCAUCGCCGUUGAAUUCGCAAGAAAAGUAGGCAAAGCCUCCUGGAGCAUUUUACUGUGGCAUUAUAACCCCCCUUAAAAGGGACAUUUUAGACUGCAUGCCAAGGGAUAUUUGUGACAAGCAAAUGGAAAAUUGUCCUCCAACCUUGACCGAAUCAAGCAGCCUUAUAAAUACAUUUCAAGAGAAAGCACUCAGCCAUGUAACAUCUCCAAGUUUUUUGUAUAUGUUUUGUUUUAAAGUAGCAAAUGACUCUGAACAUUGGAAACACUAAUUGAAGUGCUGCGCUCCCAAAGCAGUCAAAGAGAGACGACUCCAAUCCUGCAGUAAUCAAGGCUGUACUCUGAAGCAUCCUUCGCAAAUUAUUUUCAAGCCCUUAUUUAUCAAACAAGCUGUCUUGCUGAAUUUUACAAUGUAUAUCUACUCUCCUAACCAGAAUUUAUCACAAACCCACAAAACCUCCGGGAGACAAGGCCCCUGUUAUCAUGAGGUCACUCAAUGACAUUGCUGUUCGAAAAGGAUGUGAAUAGUACAAAAAAAGGGAACAUUUGUAUUCUGAUAUUUAGAAGGAACGUGAGACUUGCACAUUGCAUUACUACCCCCUCUGGUAGAACUGGGGUCACCCGUGGAGUCGGCUUUAGAGCACCCAUCCCACCUGAAUAUGGGGGGCACCUUUUUAUUUAAUUUUCUAUUUCUUUAUAAUGGAUGUGGAGCCAAUCUCUGGCCUGUGCCGAGAAUUAGAGCGUACCUUAUUUCCAAUCACCACUCUGCGCCAUCUUUAUUCCAAGGUGAAGCGAGUUUGUGUUUUUUUUUAUUUUAUUUUUUAUUUUUGUGUCUCUUGGUUAUGUUGUUUAAGUUAUACAGAAUUCUUUUGUAUCGUGUCUUAUUAGAGGAUGCAAAAUAUAUGGAAAAUUAAAAAAAAAAAACGAAAGAAAAAAAAUUUGAA